AUGAUGACCGAAGGCGAAGUAUCAACGAAAACAACAAUCGACGCGUCACUAGAGCGAUACAAGAUUGAAAACUUCAAAAAUACGAAUGCUAAGCGAGUACCUUAUGAGGAAAUCGACUACAAUAUCUACAAAUCAAGUCAUGUUGAUUUUUCAACCACGGAAAAACGCCUUCCAAUAUGGAUUAAGGCUCUAUUCUGCCGAUACCACGAAAAUGGCGGAAUCAAUAAUACGAAAAUCAUCACUCGAUGGCGUGAGCAAGAAAAUCAAGAUAAUCCGUCGAAAUGCGAUAAAAUCUCGCUCAGUUUUCACACAAAAGAGAAUGAAAAUGUUCUAACCAUUACAGUCAAUGUUACUGCUGGUCGUAUUAAAGCUCAAGGUAGAUUCUACAAAGAAUGGGGAGCGAAGGAAUUCGAUCAACUGCUUGCCAUGGUAAACUCACCACAGGACACGUGGAAAGUCGACAAUAUAAAACCCUUCGUGGAAAGCAUUCUAAAGGAGGAUAAGAUCGACCUUCAACCACUGGAAAAAACAAAACAAGCGUUGUCUGAAGAAAGUACAACCCCAAACACUCCUCGUGAUAAGACAUUUUCCCAGAUGAGAUUACAACUGGCUAAUAUCGAAGCAGAAUUUGUCUUACAUAGAGAAAAUACUAAACAAACAAUCUCUGAACUUUCGCAGUCUAUUGAAACGAAAGACAAAGAAAUCGUGUCUUUAAAAAACACAGAAAAGGAGAAACAACAAAUCAUCAGUGAUCUGACAUUGAAACUAUUACAAAUGGAAGAAAAUAUAAAUGCUCUUAAUAAAAGAUGUAAGAGAAUUGAAGAGAAAAACUCUAAUUUACAACAAUCUGUACACAAAAUCCAAAGUGAAUCUUGUGCAGAAAAGUGCACAUGGGCCUCAAUGUCUCCACCACCACCCAACACCACUGAAGAAUAUAGUAUCCCAACAUCCAACACCUUUGAUCUUCUAACUGAUGAUGCAGCAAAUAAAGGUGAUAACACAAAUGAACAUGUAGAGUUGGAGUCCAAAGGAAACAAGGAAGAAAACGUAGAAGAUGGAGUCGAACAGAAUGACAAUAUUCAGCAAGACCUCCCUCCCACUGUCCAACCAAACACAAGUGCACAACCCGAAACUAAAACUGACCACCAAAAGUCAAUCGACGCAGAAACCAUCAUCAUAUGUGACAGCAAUGGUCGAUACCUGAAACCUAAAGAACUUUGUCCUGACUCAACAACAAAAUACAUCCGAUCCCCAACUCUCUCCCAAGCAAGGCAAAAAAUUGAAUCCUUCAACUUCAGUAACCCCAAAAACCUUAUUAUCCACUGCGGAACUAAUGAUAUCGAACAACCCGGAAAAAACACUAUAACCGAAACCCUAGAAAUUGUGGAUUUAGUCAAACAAAAACAUCCAAACUGCAGAAUUCUAGUAUCCUCAUUAUUAUCAAGAAAGGAUGAACUUAACAACAAAGUACCAACGAUUAAUGAAGAACUUAAAACCAGACUUUCCUCCAAAACAAAAACCACUUAUAUCCAGCAUACCAAUAUAUCUAGUGCUGACCUACACGACAAGAAGCACUUGAACGAAAGGGGUGUUAAAAAAUUUGCGAAAAACAUUAAAGCGGCUUACUUUAACACCACACCUAAAAAGAAGGAAAUGAACAAAAAAUAUCCCCCAAGAGAUAUCCACAACCAAAACUUCCCACAACACAUGAGAACACAACCUUUCCAAUUUGGCCGCAACAACAUAUACCCACCGUUCACCCCCAUCAUACCAACACCAAGUUCACCCCCAUCAUACCAACAUCGUAUCAACACUCAACAUAUCAACAAAGGAACCGGACCACCCCCUCCCUCAUUUCGCCAAGAUAACCGAAUAAACACUCUACCACCUCAACUGGUUGGCCUGAUAAGACAACUCUAUGGAUGCCUUAGCAUAUAA